GGCAUCUACGAGACGGAGCACACCCCCAACAACGGGGUCACCAACAUCAAGCUGACCGGGGACAAGGUUGUGGCGGCCCGUAGACCCUGAGUCUACGGUCGGCAGAUCGACUGGGGAUUUACGUCCGCGUACCGGCGCACGCACAUUCGCACCGGUUCGGCGGGUAGCUUAAGCAUGUUCCAGCAGCCGAACGGUCCGACCAGCGUUCAUCACGCCUCGGAGGAGGAGCUGCGCUGCAUCCUGAAGUUUCACCAGCAGGGCCCCCAGAUGCCGGAGACGUGUCGGGAGGUGGCCGGCGAAACCGUCAUGAUCUGUAGCAAGGACCACACGGUGAAGAUGUUCCGGCACGGUCACUGCGGGCCGAUCUCGUGUCAUGGCCCGUUCGAGCCGCCGAAGCCUGGAGCUGGAUGUGACCUCGGCCGAGGACAACCGCAAGAUGCGCGAGUACGAGCAGGAAAAAAUCCUGAGCAUGGUCGAGCAGGCCACCAGCAGCAGAAUCGUGCUUCGCUUGGGCUUAACUACACACAGGGAGUGGAACUGGUAACCGGAACUCGCCUGUUGCCGUCAUCGUGCUUCCGGCAUUUGUCACCGAACCUAAAAAUCGGCGGAGACAAGCGAUCCUGUCCGGUGCAGCAUUAAAGAAGUCGAUUAAAAUAAUAAAAUAAAAAUAACGCCGUGUUGUUAAUUUAUUUUAAACUUAGUUUUCAUUUCAAUCCCAAAAGAGAAAUCAAAAAGCGCCCCUAGAUAGGCAACCUCUAAACCUGUGAAAUAUUUCCCCAGCUCGAACUCGGCAAAUCAUGAAAAUCAUGAUUUUGCCAGUUCGACCCACUUUACCAAAAAAAGUGUUAUCCGAGUUGAACUCCAAAAAUCAUGAUAAUUACCAUUAUUUGGGUUUUAUUUGGUAAG